CGACAUCCGCCGCCGGGGAGGGGCCGAGAGCGAGGCGGGCCCGGCGGAGCCGCCGCGUUUCCCCGUGUCCCUGCCGGGGGCCGCGGGCCCCGCCGCCGUUCUCAGUAUGCCGCUGGGGCUGAAGCCCACGUGCAGCGUGUGCCGCAGCACGUCCUCGUCCAUGUGGAAGAAGGGCGGGCAGGGCGAGAUCCUGUGCAACAACUGCACGGCCCGCUCCGCACCAACCGGGCCCGCCGCCUUCGCCACCACCUCGGCCGCAGCGCAGCACAGCAACGGCGGGGGAGGCGGAGGGAAGCAGAGCAAGCAGGAGAUCCACCGGCGGUCCGCCCGGCUGAGGAACACCAAGUACAAGUCCGCGCCUGCCGCCGAGAAGAAGGUGUCCACGAAGGGCAAAGGCCGGAGGCACAUCUUCAAGCUGAAGAACCCCAUCAAGGCCCCUGAAUCCGUAUCCACCAUCAUUACCGCAGAGUCGAUCUUCUAUAAGGGUGUGUACUACCAAAUAGGAGACGUUGUUUCAGUAGUUGAUGAGCAGGAUGGCAAAACGUACUACGCCCAGAUCCGGGGGUUUAUCCAGGACCAAUACUGUGAGAAGAGUGCUGCGCUAACAUGGCUUAUUCCUACACAAGCCAGCCCCAAGGACUGCUUUGACCCCGCAUCCUAUAUCAUAGGACCAGAAGAAGAUCUCCCACGGAAAAUGGAGUAUUUGGAAUUUGUUUGUCACGCACCUUCGGAGUAUUUCAAGUCUCGAUCGUCUCCCUUCCCUACCGUCCCCACAAGACCAGAGAAGGGGUAUAUAUGGACUCAUGUAGGACCUACCCCUGCAAUCUCCAUUAAAGAAACUGUUACCAAUAAUUUAUGAUUUUUUAAAGGAACACUUCGGACCAGUUGUUUUCAAUAUAUUCUCAGGUUUGCAAAUCCCAUAGGAGAAGUUUGAAAACAACAACAGAAAGGAUAAAGUGUUCUGUUUACUUUAUGGAUGAUGGUAUUUAUUUUAAAAUACAUCUCAUCUGUAAAAUG